AUGACCUUCCUCAAUCUUCCCCCAGAGUUGAUCAUAAACAUUGCAGACCAAAUCCCAAACAAGCGAGACCUUAACAACUUUUCCCAAACCUGUCGCGACCUCCACUCCAUCCUAAACAAUUACCUCUACCGCCACGACGCCAAAUCAGAGGACCCCCAAGCCCUCUUCUGGGCUGCAUACAAGGGCCGCAAAUCCACCGCCCGCAAAGCACUAUCCCAUGGCGUAGACAUACACGCGGGGGAUCCCUCGCCCUCCCCAUUCCCAGACCCCUUCCCCAUCCAAUCGCCCUCCCGGCGCCAAGACUCAUGUCCACCAACCCUCUACUUCACGCCUCUCCAAAUCGCAACUUGCUACGGCCACGAGAGCAUGGUUCGCUUCCUCAUCCAGCACGGCGCAGAUCCCCAUACGCCAUUUCCAGCCCACCACGGAGGCUGCCUGCUCCAUGUCGCCUGCUGCAGCGGGCCCGCUGGGCUCUUGAGACUGCUGCUGGAGCAGGGUGUUGAGGUCGACGUGCGGAAUUCGAAAGGGUGGACGCCGUUGUAUUGUGCUGUGCGGCCGCUUCUUCUUCGUGCUGACUCUGUGUCAGACAAUAGGAAGAGGGUGGCGGCGGCUCGCGUACGGUUGUUGUUGGACUAUGGUGCUGAUCCGGACGCUGUGACCAAGGCUGGGAAGUCGCCUAGGUUGUUGGCGAAGAGGUGUCGAGACCCGUACGUGCGGAUGAUGUUGUUGGGGGGGAAGGGGGCGAAGGUUAGCUUGCAUGAGGCGAGUUUGGAGGGGAGGCGGUUUCGAGGAGAUUCCCCGUUGAAGGAGAGGGGGGUGGUGGAGAAAAGGGGCAUACUUGAUGCUGAAGUGGGUAAUGGACUAGAUAAGAAUGACACGAGUACUUCCAUGGCCCCGGGGCCUGUGGUGGGAUCGAAAUCCAAACGGCCUCACAGAAGAACGAAGAAGGACAAGAAGAAGAGGCGAAAUCAGCAGCUGGAAGUGGCGGAGGGAGAUACUAAGGGUAAAGGUGAGGUUAAAGAAGUAGUUGGAAUAGGUGUAACAGAGCAGGAUUCGAUCACGCCGGUACGACUGGUCAACCUCAAUGAUAACACCGCAAAUGCUACCGCCAGAAGGCAAACUGCUUGGGCCAAGAUGCGUGCUGAGGCUUCACAAAGGGAACUGGAGGCCAAAAGGGGUCAAGAAUUACCGACACCUUUCUCCUGCGUGCAUCAAGCCGGCGGAAUGUUCAGGAUGAAGAGGAAGACUGAAUGUGGAUCUUGCGGAAAUGUGGCCAAGCGAUCCUUUCGAUGCCCAGUUUGCGAGGUUGCGUUAUGCUCUAAAUGUGUUAAAUGAGCGACCUUUUGGGGGGGGGG